AUGGCGAAGUCCAAUAUUCGAUUUCCAACGCGUCUUAACGUCGUGGAAGACGCCGCAGUUGCGAGGACCGUUCUCUUUGAUAAAACUGGGACGUUAACAGUUGGCCAACUGGAGCUGGUCUGGCAUCAUAUUACACUCAAAGGAGAUUUGAUGCAAUUUUGUCCAGCCGAUCCCUGGUCAAUAAUAUUGGCCAUAGAAAGACAUGCCGGCGACCAUCCACUAACCAAGGCCAUCGUAUGUGCCGCUGAGGCGCAAUGUGACGGGGCUACCAUUCUCCCAUCUGUGACGAAUGCCAGGUACGAGCCUGGGAGAGGUGUACAAGGCUGGGUGUCUCUACGGAAUGGCUCUCUGUUACAUGUUGCGGUUGGGAGCAGAGGGUGGAUGAAAAGCCUGGGAAUCGAGGUGGACUGGUCUCUUGUCCCCCAAGAGUGGCGAUCUGCCAUCAGUACCACUGUCUGUGUCGCUUUCAACAAAGAACAGAUCGGAAUUAUCGUGUUGAAAGACAAAAUCCGCCCUUGCGCCCAUCAUCUGAUUUCGGGACUCCUCAACCAAGGCUUGGAAGUAGGCAUCAUUACAGGAGACUCAUUGGCAGCCGCUACGACGGUUGCACAGGUUCUGAGGAUUCCUACUGGUAAUAUACACGCUGAGCUUCUGCCAUUGGAUAAGGCUCGAAUUGUCAAAGAGGCCAAGAAGAAUGGGCCCGUCAUUGCCGUAGGGGACGAUUACAACGAUAUGGCUGCCUUUAGUGAAGCAUCAGUUGGUGUUUACGUCGGAUGUGACGAUCGAGAUACUCAUGGUGCUGACGCAGCGUUACAUGCUAUAAAGGGUGCUGAUGAACAGGACAUGGGCCUGGUAAGGCUACUACGGGUAAUUGAAACAGCCCAAGCAACGCUUCGAAGAGUGCAACUCAACAGGUUCAUCAGUUCUACCUACAACAUUAUGGCACUGUCCCUUGCUUCGGGCUUACUUCAGAAUUUCGAUCAACGUCUCGUACUUACACCGUGA